GAAGUGAUUCAACAUGGCGCGGGAAGCCCGGGAAGAGAGGGAGAUGGAUGUCAGCGGAGAGGUCGACGCAGAGGCGGACAGUCUCUCUCCAUCGACUUUAAAACUAUACGAGGCACAGUUUUUCGGCUUCACCCCGCAGACCUGCAUGUUACGGAUCUACAGCGCCUUCCAGGACUGCCUGUAUGACAUUUUACCCGUGGUGGAGAAGGUGUGUGUGAGGCAGCUGAGUAAAGGCCAGUCGGACGGGGCCGAGGAGCUGCUCCGUACCCGGGCCCGGGAGUGCAGUCGGAAACUGCAGCAGUACCUCGAAGACCGGUUCAGGCAGCUGUCGGAGCGGAUGGAGGCGCUGCUGGUGAACCGCUGCUUCUCCGUGCCGCCAAAUGUCCUGCUGCCCGACGACCAGUCACACAACAGCUACCCCCAAGACCUACAGGAGGUGCUGAGGCUGGAGUUGUCCCUGGCAGACCUCCAGAGAGCCUAUGAAGCAGAAGUUUGUGCCAGACAGGCCCUGGAAGCCGAACUGGCGGAGCAGAAGGAGGUGCAGACGCAGCUGGAUGGGAUCCUGACCUGGGUCAGAGAGCUGCAGGAAGCCUGGGUCAAGGAGGGUAACGGCAACUUCCAUGAAAGUUUCCGACUGGCGAUGGAGUCAGUAAAGAAACUGCAGGAGGCCGUCAGAGAGGUCUACAACAAAGUGCCUCACUGAACUGAUGUUGUGGAAAUUCUGCAAUAAAUAAUAUAUAAUAAAUGGGUUUCUGUGCAAACCAGAUGCACAAAGCUAAUAUUUCCCACACAAGCUUAGAUGCAUUAAAGUCACACUGUGUAAUAGACUUGGGUACAUAAAAGUAAUUAUUGUCCCCUGUUGGUCAUGAAGAUGGCACUAUUGUUCAUUUCUUGUGAAAAGAAGAGUGAAACAUGCAUCUAUUGCUUUAUGAAUAUACAUCAUAAUUUUAUCCCAAUGAAACUUAAAAACAGUAGCAUCAGCUGACAUUAGUUAGGUUUACUUCUCCACAGCAGUUUAAUGUAAAUAAUAAAGCAGAUGGAUGCAUUUCUGGGUCCGUUUAACUGAUUUAUUCUUAAUACUCAAGUACUUUUUCCUCAUGUAUCUCCUCCUACCCUCAUCUUUACUGUCCUGUACCGUGUGGACACAAUAAUGUCAACUCUCUACAUUAUACAGGACAGAAAUGCAGUUCAUCACCACAAAGCACACCCUCAAAAACUGAACUCUUAACAGCUCUUACUUUCUUAACUUUAUUUGUAGCUUGAAAGUGGCAGUAUUUGUUUCAUUGUCGUUUCCCUGGAUUGCAUUGGCUUGUUGAGGUGUUCAUAUUAUGAUGUCCACCACCCUCAAGAGCAGCAGUUUGAAGACACAGUGAUUCACAGCAGAGGGCGCUCUCUGCAUGUUAAUGCCACUCAUCCAGUCUAAUCCAUCCUCACUUGAAGCAUGGGCCUGUUUGUUGAAAUGAUAGUCAACCAAUGAUCAAACAUUUCUGAAUAAGCUGAAACAUUAGUAACACUUUAUUUACAGAAUUUUGCAUUUGCAGGUUUUGCAUUGUUGCUUGGACGAAACACUGAUAUUUGAAGACAUUACCUUGGACUGUGGAAAAUUAUUACUCACAUUUUAUGCAAUUUUCUUACUUCUUAUGAACAAAACAAUUGUUAAUUGAGAAACGACAGGUGAAUCAAUAAUGAAAAUAAUUAUUAGCUGCAGAGCUGCUAGACAUCCCAGCUGCACAUUAUUGAAAAUAUUAUAUUUUUAUUGCUCUUCUAAUUGAAUUCUGCUAUUAUUAUUUCCUCUUCACUUUAUAUGAAAUGUACUAUGUUUGACUGUAGACACUGUUUACAGAGCAGUAGGGGGCAGCAACUGCAUUUCAUAAUCAUUUAAUCAUUAAAUGAUUAUGAAAUGCAGUUGCUAAUAUAACAGUUUCUUAGAGACAGUUAUUUAUUUGUUUUUUCUCACGAGACUCAGAGCCAGAGUUAGAGUGGUCAGAAUAAUUUAAAGAAGGGAAAUUUAUUUUAAAGGUGAAGAACUGGAGGUUGCUGUGCUGUAACUACUGCUGAAGCCUGGGGGAAGUGAAAAGAGAGCUGCAAUUGUUAUUACAUAUAAUCGAAGGUAAAAACUGCAAACAUGACAGACAUGGUUAUGAAAUAAUCAUGUAAGUAAAAACAAUCCACAACUUGCUGGAGCCAGAAGCUGUGAUUGGUAUUGCUGAUGUCAGAUUUACAGCCACAACAACAACAAUUGGAACCAAAAGAAAGUACAGAAACAACAACAACAGGUCCACAGUAAACAGUCAACAUUUGUUUUAGCAUUCCUGACGUGUGUGUGUGUGUGUGUGUGUGUGUCACCUGCCUGUUGUGAUAGACUUGAGAAAUGCUCAGUCCAGAUGGAGAGGUGUGAGAACUAGUCAUUAUUUCUGUUUGUGUGUUGACCAGUUUCUCUCUAGCAGGAAAUAAAUAAAUAAAUACACAUACAGCAUGUCUUUACUUGGAGCAAUUUGUUUGUAAUAAAAAUAACAAAAGGUAUCACUUACUUAAAAAUCUUGUCCAAUCAAUGUCCCAUUCAGUCAUUUUUCAUUUUGUUUUCUGAGGUUUGAAAUGAGCUAAAAAC